AUCUAUGAAUCUCCCAGUGUUUGUGGGGGACCUAAAACUCGUGAUCAAUGAACCAAGCAGGUUGCCUCUAUUUGAUGCUAUCCGCCCACUUAUCCCGUUAAAACACCAGGUGGAGUAUGAUCAGCUUACACCCAAAAGAUCACGAAAGCUGAAAGAGGUGAGAUUGGAUCGUUUGCAUCCUGAAGGACUUGGAAUAAGUGUGAGAGGUGGAGUGGAAUUUAAUUGUGGCCUCUUCAUCUCCCAGUUAGUUAAAGGAGGACAGGCAGACAAUGUUGGGCUUCAGGUUGGAGAUGAGAUAGUUCGUAUAAAUGGAUAUUCCAUUUCAUCAUGCACACAUGAAGAAGUCAUAAACCUCAUUCGUACAAAGAAAAUAGUGUCCAUAAAAGUAAGACAUAUUGGCAUGAUACCUGUCAAAAGUUCAGCAGAUGAACCCCUCAAGUGGCAAUAUGUGGACCAGUUUGUGUCAGACUCUGGGGGCAGUGUUGCUGGUCUUGCUUCUUCUGGAGGGAGGAACAAUAAAGAGAAGAAAGUCUUCAUUAGCUUGAUUGGUACAAAAGGCAUGGGAUGCAGUAUUUCCAGUGGUCCAACACAAAAACCAGGCAUUUUUAUUAGCAAUGUUAAGCCGGGUUCUCUUUCUGCAGAGGUGGGCUUAGAGGUUGGUGAUCAGAUUGUUGAGGUAAAUGGAGUGGACUUUUCUAAUGUGGAUCAUAAAGAGGCUGUUAGAGUGCUCAAAAGUAGCCGUACUUUGACUAUCUCUGUGGUAGCAGGCGCUGGAAAGGAGCUGUUCAUGACUGAAGAAGAAAGGCAGAGAGAAGCACGUCUCCGUGAGCAAGAACGUCAGGAGUUAAUGCAUCAGAAGCGACUUGCACUGGAGACUAACAAAAUCAUCAAAGAGCAGCAAGAGAAAGAGAGAUUAAGAAAACUGGAGAUUUCCCAGAAGGCUGCAGAGGAAGAAGAGAGAUAUCGCAGAGAAAUAGAGCAGAUAACAGCAGAGGAAGAGAAAUUUAAAAAGGAGUGGGAAGAGGACUGGGGUCCUAAGGAACCUCCCAAAUCUCUAAAAACUGUAACUGCAGAAGUGCACUCUGUCCCUCGUUCCAAACGCAAGACUUUUGGAUGGUUUUAUCGAUAUGAAGGAAAAUUUCCCACAAUCCGCAAGGUACAAAAAGAGCGAAAGAAGUCAAAAAGUGACAGUCUGUGCGAACUGAAGAAGAAUAAAAAGGAAAUGGAAUUUGAGCAAAAACUUGCCAAAGAGAAAGAAGGAAUGUUGGAGAAAGAAAAACAACUGAAAAUAAAUCGUCUUGUGCAAGAGGUAUCUGAGACAGAACGAGAAGACCUGGAAGAAUCAGAAAAGGUGCAGCAUUGGGUGGAAAGACUUUGUCAGACACGGUUAGAACAGAUUUCCUCUGUGGAAAAUGAGUCUCCUGAGUUGGCAAGUGGACGUCCUUCUGCUUCUCCUGCCAUAUCAAUGCGGCGUUUUGCUGGUGGCCUGCAGCUUCAUACCACAGAUCUUGAUGAUAUAAACUUAGAUGAAGUUGACAAGCCUAAACCACGUGUGGCACCACCUCCGCCACCACCCCCCACUGUUACUCCAGCAUCACCAGCUCAUCUGCUUCCCACAUCAAAUGUUCCACUUUCAAGAGUUCCAACCCUGGCAGUAACACCAGCUUCCCAGCAACUUGCUCCAAGUCCACCUACCCAACGACAUCCAGGGGUACCAAUAGUCUCUAAACCAGUCAUGCUGCAUCCUGACCCAAACUUUAUGGUCAGGCCAACAAUCAAAUCAGAGGCCCUGCCACAAGAGAUGUUUAAAAGGAUGGUGGUUUACAAUUCAUCAUUUAGAUCUAACAAAAAACAAGGCUUCCAGAAAUAUUUGGAAGAUUUUGAUCCAUAUUCAAUGUUUACCCCAGAGCAGAUUAUGGGAAAAGAUGUACGGCUAUUACGAAUUAAAAAGGAAGGAUCAUUAGACCUUGCAGUCGAGGGAGGAAUUGAUUCUCCGAUUGGAAAGAUAGUUGUAUCUGCCAUCUAUGAAGGUGGUGCUGCAGACAAACAUGGAGGCAUAGUGAAAGGGGAUGAAAUACUAGCUGUAAAUGGCAAGAUACUAAUUGAUAGCAGGCUGUCAGAAGCACAGGCAACUCUAGCAAAAGCUUGGAACAUGGGUGGGGAUUGGAUUGACUUAGUCAUUGCAGCAUCACCUCCAAAGGAAUACGAUGAUGAACUCCCUACUAUUCCUUCAUCAGCAGUCAGUCCCAACACCCACAGAAAGGUUUUUGAAGGCAGUGCGCCCGUGUACAGACAAGGGUAUCUCCUGCAGCUGUAG